AUGACUGAUUUGUCGUUAUUCGAUCCCGUAGUUCUAGAGCAUAUUAAUUGUCAUGAGCUAGUUGAGAAGCAUUUGAAAGAGAAAAUUGCUCAAACUUCAGAAGUAUCCGUUAAAAUACGUCCGUUGUUAUCAUCUGAUUAUGAUUAUGUCACUUUGCUGGAGCAGUUAACUGUAGUUGGUAAGAUAGAGAGAAGGCAGUUUGAUGGUAACCGGCAAUUAAAACUUAUUCUCUCACAAGAAAGGUUCCUUCAGAUGGCCUCCUGUCCUGAUACAUACUUCGUUGUUGUUCUAGUGAAUGAAGCAACUGGAAGUAUCAUUGGAGCUGCAACACUUUUUCUUGAGUUAAAGUUUAUUCACUGUUGUUCAAAGAGGGGACACAUUGAAGAUGUUGUGGUUGACUCCAAAUUUCGUGGGAUGAAUCUAGGGAAACUGCUUAUCGAUAUCCUUAUUCGUAUAGGGAAACACAUGGGCUGUUAUAAAAUAUCGCUCGACUGCAGUGAUGAUAAAGUCGGAUUUUAUGAGAAACUUGGCUUCCAGUCUAAAAAUAAUAUUAUGUAUAUACGAUUCGAUGAGAAUUGA